GAUGUGACCCACUUUCGCCUCGCUUCCCUUCUAUAAGCCUGCGUACAGGACUCGGGAAAAUCAAGUUUGAUUUAAACCAGCUCCUCGUUCUUGAUUUAUAGAAAGUAAAAGCCAGGAAAUCCUAUUUUCCCUGCCACAAUGCCGCCCACUCAAGCAGAAAGCGUGAUAAAGAAUAUCAUCCGGGAAAUAGGACAAGAGUGUGCCGCCCAUGGAGAGAUUGUUUCUGAGACCUUAGUUGCUUUUAUGGUAAAAGCCGUUGUCCUGGAUCCCAGAAAUGGCUUUAACAUGGACAGGACCCUCAUGAAAAGUGACGUACAGAAACUGGUUAAGCUUUGUUUGGCUCGACUAUUGGAUAAUAAGAACCCCUCCCUGGACACCAUUAAGAUGCAGGUCUACUUUGAUAUGAAUUAUACAAGCCGAGAGAACUUUCUUGAAGAACAUCAUCGUGUCCUAGAGUCUAGGUUAGGCUCUGUCAGCAGAGAAAUCACAGACAACAGAGCAUGUGCUAGAGAAGAGUUCGAAAGCCUCUACCGAAAGAUCGUCAGCUAUGUGUUACUGCGCUCUGGGCUUGGAUCCCCCACGAACAUUAAGAUUGUCAGAGAGGCAACAGCUGCUCUGCAGAGUGUUUUUCCUCAGGCUGAGCUUGGAACAUUUCUGAAUCUUGGUAAGAAGGAUAAAGAACGUCAGCUGAAGGAACUUACCAUGAUUGUGACUGGAAUUCGAUUAUUUAACAGACACUGUGGGAAAGGAGGAGAAGGAAUCGAUGAUUUGCCAUCUGUUCUCCGUGAGGCUGUCCCAGCCACCAUAAAGCACAUUGACUCCCAGCUUCACAUUGCCCAGGACCAAGUGUUCCGCUACACAGCCAUCCUGGAGAAGGCCGCCAAGAACCCUCUCAUGAGCAGAGAGCUGCAGUCGUGCAUGCUGAAGGAAGCACUGUACAAUGUGCGGCAGUAUGAGAUCUUCCUUCAGGUUAUCUUGUCAGACAUAAUUACUUGUGCUCAAGAAGUAGAGAUGAUGACAAAGCAGUUAGAAGCUCAACUCGAACAACUGAAAAUAACAGUAAAGUCGAAGACAGCUGUGCCAACAUCACAAGUCUUUCCUGUCUUCAUUGCAGUGGCCAGCCUGUGGAUUAGCUUUCAGGACGAAACUGUUUUGAUUAGCAUCCUCAGCAAUCUGACAACUCACCUUGAGCCCUUCCUGGGCACUCAUGAAAUUCUCUUCCCCGAGAAAGUGAUGCAAGGCCUUCUCAGUGGCGUGACUGUGAAAACUGACUUAUAUCGAAUAAAAGAACACAUGGAAGACAGAGUCAAUGUGGCAGAUUUCAGAAAACUAGAAUGGCUUUUCCCUGAAACAACAGCAAAUGUUGACAAGCUGCCAAUUCAGUACCGGGGGUUUUGUGGGUACACGUGUGCGACUGCGGAUGGCCUUCUCCUCCCAGGAAAUCCCACAAUUGGAAUUUUGAAAUAUAAAGAAAAGUAUUACACUUUCAAUUCAAGAAAUGCUGCGUAUUCAUUUGCAGAAAACCCUGAACAUUAUAUUAAUUUGAUUAAAGAACAAGCCAAAAAGAAUGCAGAGUUAAUUCAGCUACUGCAACUUCAUCAGCAGUUUGAAACCCUCAUCCCAUAUUCUCAGAUGAGAGAUGUUGACAGACAUUAUAUAAAACCAAUUACAAAGUGUGAAAAUGGCACACAGACAGACACACACAUUUUGCCACCAUCCAUUGAGAGAGCAUAUGAGUGGAAUGAAUGGGAAUUAAGAAGAAAAGCUAUAAAAUUGGCUAAUUUGCGCCAGAAAAUUACUCACUCAGUACAAACGGAACUUAGUCACAUGAGAAGAGAAAAUUGCUCCCAGGUGUACCCUUCCAAAGAUGCUGGUACACAGUCCCUUAGAGAAAGUAGCACCCAAGUGCCCAGACCCCAGACUUACAUAGCUGGUCUUCGUGGGGGGCCAUGCCCGACUACCUGUGGAGUCAAGGUGAACUUAACUAGAGCAGUUGAUGAGACCUAGAAGAUGGGGUUUUAAAAGACGUUCCCCAAAUAUGGGGAGUAGUAAAUACUUGGGAGUUAUUUUACAUCUGUGAAUAUCAAUUCUGUGGGGUGGCAGAGUCCCUAGUUGUGUGAAUGGUUUUUGGAUUCCCACGUUCAAUUCU